UUCAUUCAAUCAAAUCAAUUCAGUCGCCCGGUUCAUUCUUCACUCUAUUCAGUCAACUGUCAAGACAGUUCACGAAUCACGUUCAGUUAAUUUCUCACCGCGUGACUACUACUGUCUCUAUUUGAAACUUUACAUUUAUCGGUAUAUUUUAAUAUAUUUUUCAGUGAAAAUGGGAUUUACUGAAGCCGGUCAAAAUAUGAAUGCAUUUAUUUUGGCUGGAAUUACUGUUGUCUUGUGUGUAAUAUUACACUUUAUUUACAAGACCAUCUUCGGCAAUACGCGGAGUGAAGUACAAAAUUAUGAAGCGGAGAACAUAACAGAAGCUUCGACUGAGACAACACAAGAUUCCGCCGUAACCGAAUCCCGUGCCGGUGGAAAGAAUAAGAAACGUGCACAAUGGAAAGGGAAGACAGAUUUCAGCCAUCCUUGGCUGCUUAAGAAUCUUAAAGGGCACCCUGGUACUGUUCUACUUAUGGAUUUCUCUGCAAAUGGGAAGUUCAUGGCCGCUACAUGUGAUGAUGGAUCUGUGAUCGUGUGGGACAUCCGCGAUUUAAACGUGAAGGAGCACAAGACGUUAAGGGUGAACAUCGACUUCGAUCACGCAUCACAUGUAGCCUGGAGUCCAGAUUCUAAAGCCUUCGUCGUUCACACCGUUCGGGAUAACAACAUCGUUGUAUACAAGAUCGAGAAGAAAAAAGACGGAACAAUAGGAUCUGCGACGCCUGUUAUUACAUUCGAUAAGGCUCACGAGGAUGACGUAAUCGGUUUCGGAAUUUCCAGCAAUGGCAAAUUCUUAAUGUCCUGUACGUCGAAAACAGAUAUGAUUAUUUGGGAUCUAAAAGGACAACAACUUCACCGGCUCGACACCUACCUCAUGAACACUCAUACAGCCAAAAUAUCACCAUGCGGUCGCUUCGUAGUCGCUACAGGUUUUUCGCCAGACGUUAAAGUAAUGGAGGUCGGUUUCACGCGAACCGGUGAAUUCAAACAGGUGACAAAGGCAUACGAGCUGACGGGACACACGUCCGGUGUUUAUGACGUGGCCUUUGCAGUGGAUACGUCGCACAUCGCGACUGUGUCGAAGGACGGCACGUGGAAGCUCUACCACACGAGAAUUGACUAUGUCCGCGGCGAAUCUCCACAUGUCCUAGAGACAGGUACAUACACACAGACGGCUAAUCCUCCGAAGAUAGCACUCUCGCCGAACGCUGAAGUACUAGCGGUUUCUUCGGACGCGAAUGUCGAGUUCUACGAUACGUACACCGGCAAGCUGUAUGACACAGUCGAGAAUGUUUACACAGGUUUGAUAAACUACAUGUGCUUUGAUCCGGCUGGGAAAUAUUUAUACGUCUGCGGCGACCGCGCAGUCAGGAUCCUUCACAAUGUAUGCGGGUACUACACGACCAUCAACAGCUGUACAAGGCUACUCGGUUCCAAACAAACUUCCGCCACUGUGGAACGACUCAAUAACACCAUACGAGACUGCAAAGCUACCCUCGAAAAAUUUGGCAAGUAAAUUUUACCCAACUAAGUAUCCGGUGUUCUCUAAUGUCUACGAUAUGUCCAAACUGUUUUGAACUCUUGUUAUAAGUAUUUUCAAAAUCCACUUUAACUUGGAAAAUGUAGAGAUUUAAAAAAGAAUACAGCAUUUUUGCUCCUAAUUAUAAGAUUGUCUAUUGCAUUUAUUUUUAUAUAUUUUAUUUUAUUUAGAAUUUACGAAAGCUCUUACUAAAUAAAUAUGUUUAACAAUUUAUUAUAUUUUAAGACGUCUUUACGAGAUAACUAAUCGUUUUUGUUACUAUGUAGCGAUUAUCAAUCGAAUGAUGGUCCAAAAUCUUCAAUGUGAUGAAUUUCAAAUUAACAAAAAUAUUUGUUCUCAUAAAAUGAAAUAAAAAUUAUUUUAAUAUAACUAUUCUUAUCCCAGUGGAGCCACAAAGAACUGAUAAAAAACAAGCUCUGUUCUAUUAAUAAUAGCAGAGCUUAAACGAUGUGGUCUUUCUAAGAUUGUAUUCUAAUUAAGUAGAUGCAAGUAAUUAUAAUUAAGAAAAUUAUCUUUAAUGUUUAAUUAUGUAAACAGUCAAAGUAGUGUCAUUAGUAAUAUAUUUUAAUCUAUAUGAAAACUCGAAGUAGCAGUCGAAUUUGUGAAUGA